AGAGGGAAGAGGUUGCAGACUUUCUCUGCCAGUGUAGCUUCACUGCGCUGGAACAGCAGCGCUUACCGAGAGAGCAACAAACAAACAAACAAACAAACAAACAAACAAACAGACAGCAGCAGACAGGCAAGCAGAGGCUUUCCCAGCACCCCCCCCCCCGCAGCCAUGGGGAACCGGGGCAUGGAGGACCUGAUCCCGCUGAUCAAUAAACUGCAGGACGCGUUCAGCGCCAUCGGGCAGAGCUGCAACCUGGACCUGCCGCAGAUCGCCGUGGUCGGCGGGCAGAGCGCCGGCAAGAGCUCCGUGCUGGAAAACUUCGUGGGCAGGGAUUUCCUUCCUCGUGGCUCUGGGAUUGUGACCAGGCGCCCCCUCAUCCUGCAGCUGAUCAAUGCAAAAGCAGAGUAUGCCGAGUUCUUGCACUGCAAAGGGAGGAAGUUUGUGGAUUUCGAUGAAGUUCGGCAGGAGAUCGAAGCGGAGACGGACAGGCUGACUGGCACGAACAAAGGCAUCUCGUCCGUUCCCAUCAACCUGAGGGUCUACUCUCCCAACGUGUUGAACCUCACUCUCAUCGACCUGCCUGGGAUCACCAAGGUGCCUGUGGGGGACCAGCCCGCGGACAUCGAGCACCAGAUCAAAGACAUGCUGCUGCAGUUCAUCAGCAGGGACAGCUGCCUCAUCCUGGCUGUCACGCCCGCCAACACUGACCUGGCCAACUCCGACGCGCUCAAGAUCGCCAAGGAAGUGGACCCGCCAGGCCUGAGGACCAUCGGAGUGAUCACAAAGCUGGACUUGAUGGACGAAGGGACUGAUGCGCGGGACAUCCUGGAAAACAAGCUGCUGCCGCUGAGGAGAGGCUAUAUUGGAGUAGUGAACAGGAGCCAGAAGGAUAUUGACGGCAGAAAGGAUAUCCGGGCUGCCAUGGCAGCCGAGAGGAAGUUCUUCCUGUCUCACCCGGGGUACAGGCACAUGGCAGAGCGCAUGGGCACCCCUCACCUGCAGAAAACCCUCAACCAGCAACUGACCAACCACAUUCGAGAGACUCUGCCUGCUUUGAGGAACAAACUGCAGAGUCAGCUGCUGUCACUAGAGAAGGAGGUGGAGGAGUACAAGAACUACAGACCCGACGACCCGACCCGCAAAACCAAGGCUCUGCUGCAGAUGGUCCAGCAGUUUGCAGUGGACUUUGAGAAGAGGAUCGAGGGUUCGGGAGAUCAGGUCAACACAAUGGAGCUGUCGGGAGGGGCUCGAAUCAACCGCAUCUUCCACGAGAGAUUCCCCUUCGAGCUGGUGAAGAUGGAAUUUGACGAGAAGGAACUCCGAAGGGAAAUCAGCUAUGCAAUUAAGAAUAUUCACGGUGUCAGAACGGGCCUGUUCACUCCAGACCUGGCUUUUGAAGCCAUCGUCAAAAAGCAGAUUAUUAAACUGAAAGAGCCGUGCCUGAAAUGCAUUGAUCUGGUCAUUCAGGAGUUGAUCAGUACGGUCAGACAGUGUACCAGCAAGCUGGGCUCGUAUCCACGGUUACGGGAGGAGACGGAGAGGAUCGUCACGACAUACGUCCGGGAACGGGAGGGAAAGACCAAGGAUCAGGUCCUCUUGCUGAUUGACAUUGAACUGUCUUACAUCAACACAAACCAUGAGGACUUCAUCGGCUUUGCCAAGUACGUACUGCCCCCAGCCCCCAGCAUGCACACUCAAGGAGCCUACCCAGCUGGUCUGCUGUUCUCUAACUCUGUUCAUUCGUUGACUGAAAGCCCAUGUAGAGUCUUGACUGACUGCGAUGCCUUGCUUUGUGUACAGUGGCGUGCUGGUGACCGCAUUACCAGGUAACCAGUCCCUCAGCGAGCGUUUAGAAGCCACCAUUCGCCUCUGCAGCCAAACCUCGCUGUCAAGGGGCCGCUACUACCAAAGGUGUAAAGAAUUGAACGGCCGCGUGGUGUGCAGGGGGGAGUCACACAGUCAGGGGAGCGCAGG